AUUCCUAUCUGCCUCUCUUCUGGUGCCCUGAAAUAAAACAUUCCCAAAUAAGAGAGGUGACCUGACUACCUCAGAAACAUCAAGCAAACAGUUUUAUGUCUUCAAAUUAGGUACCAGCACUUUCUUUUUUGAAUAUAGGUUCUUGUGGUGAUGUUCUCUGUUUCUUUCUUUUCUUUUUUGCUGUUUGUCGCUUGUGAAAGAAUAUGACAACCUAUGGCACUAUACCAUCCCAAGCAAAUACCUCGUCGAGCCUGAGCUUAGUAGGACGAGCCAAAGAAUUGAUCUCCUUAGGCCUUAGCUCUCAAAGGCCAUGGCUUGAACUUGUCCAGUGUAGUGCCUUUAGCCUUCCUGUGUCCUUUAGUGUAGCUACCGAACGAAUCAAAACCAACAUCAUGAUCUUUCGAACAAACUACAUUAUCAUCUUCAUUGUUUCUAUCUUCAUCAGCAUGCUCUGGCAACCCGUCCACCUUUCUGUCUUCUUUAUUUUGAUAGUCGCAUGGAUAUAUGUCUACUCCCGGGAUAAUGAACCAUGGGUGAUAUUUGGCAAUAUGGUCGAUGAUUCUAAUUUGGUGCUGGUUUUGUUGGUCCUCACGAUCGGUAUAUUUCUAUUAACAGAUGUAUCCCGCGGUAUUAUGAUCGGGGUUAUGGCUGGUUUGCCCGUUGUUCUGGUUCAUGGCAUGUGUAGGAAUACAGAGAUGUUGUUCGUCUUGGAAGAUGAUGAAGAGAAGCUAACAUUGAACACAGCAUCUUCGUCGCUUUCUUCUUCCUCUUAGUAAAUCGAAACACAAGAUUUUAUGUUUUGGGUUUCGUGAAUGUGUCUACAUAGCCAUUGUGAAACAAUGCACAACCAGUGAAUGAAAAUCAACAGGAUGCAAAACGAAGUUUAUCUCUUUUUGCCACAAAAUUCCAGGAUUUAGACGUUGAGAUGUAAUGAUAUUAAUCUUGCGAUCUUAUUUCACACAAAUAAUACUUUUCCUUGUUGACCUUGAGGUCCUUCAAAAUUGCUUACAAUGAACUUCUUCGACAAACUAGAAGAAAUCUACAAUGUACAAUGAUGUGAACAGAGAGAUGCGUCUACUUGUAUGUCUCCACUCUCUCAAGACUCAACAAAGUCUCAAUCUUUCACGCUUUUAAGCAAAACUCACUCUUAUGGAUAUAUAUAUGUAUAUAUAUUUAGAACUUGUAGGUCUUCAACUCUUGUA